CAGUACAAGUCACACAACACCCCUACAACAUAUUAAUAGUAAAUGUCACACAACACCGGGUACAAGUAACACAACACCAGGUCUUACUAAUGGUUCAAAUCACAUGACAGCAAUUAAUCAAGCUGCUGAGGGAGGAAAUGUUACACCUUCAUUGAAUGCUGUUCAAACAAAUAGUGUCAUUCCAGAGGAUGAUUCAGUGCUGUGGAAUCAAUCUUUUGGCUUUGACGAGGCCUUGCUGUCUUGUGAUGAAGAUGUGUUAUCAGGUGAAAAAGAAAACAAGGAGAACCUCAACCAACAAGUCAACAAGAGUGAGUUUCGCAUGCCUCUCCAGCCAGCCCCUCAAACAACUAAGACUAUAGACAGACAACAGUUGGCAGGUGCCAAAACAUUCCAUAAUGACGCAAGACCGUUGAAUCAACAGUCCAACAACAUCAACCCAGAUAGAAGAUAUCAACAAUAUG